AGGUUCAAGAAUAAAUAAAAAAUGAUGAGGUCUUUUAUUUGUCUCUCUCUCAUCCUUCUGCCUCUCGUAUAUAACGUGGAAGGACUUAAAAUUGAGCCUAGUCCCUGGAAGCCGAUCAGGAAUGUACAACUUGGCUCCUACGUAGAGAUCGGAAGGUUUGCUAUAGAAGCGCAUAACAAGCAGUCGAAGGAGAUUCUGGCGUUCGUGAAAAACGUUCGGGGAAAAGAGCAAUACGACAAUGGCCUCAGGUACGCUCUGAUAAUCGCAACGAGGAAUAGCGAUGGUGUAGCAAAGAACUAUGAGGCUGUCGUGUUUGAAAGGCAUGUUAUGCAAGACAGGGUCCUUGAGUCUUUCAAGGAGAUAUAGAUUUAACUUGGAUUUUUGUAAAAGUCGAUCUCGUUAGAUUAAUUAUUAUAUAAAGACUAUCAGAAGUAUGUUUCUUUGAGAUUUAUAUAAAAAUCUGUU